UCUGCUUCUCUCUCCAAAAGUUGGAGUAUUGGUCGAUGUUCUAUUACUGGCAAUCCUCUUUCUGUUGCACUUAGAACUUCUGUAGAUUCUGUCAGCACAUAAAGAUACUUCAGCAAUGCCACAUUUUUAAUUUGGGACAAUUCAGCUUACAUAGCAAGUUGCUAGUUUUCAUGGGAGGGAAGAUACUGAUUUAUGGAGACCGAAUCUCUGGCCAUCCUAAUUACUGAGGCUCAGGAAUAAUGCAGGCAGGGAGGAAGGCUGCUGAGCUGCAUUGUCACAUACUAGAAUUAAAGGCACCAAAGAUCAUCCAUUGGUCAUAUCUCAGGAUAACUAGGUGUAGAACUUCCAUGUUUGGAACUGCAGCAGUAUAUUUGGUGGGGCAAAACAGGGAAGGGAAAGAGGCGCUAGCCUGCACUCGUGGGCAGGGCUGUUUGGUUUAAGAGGGAGGUGAAAUGACAGCGUUGCUGGACGUGAGCCGCCUUCCCCUUUUCUUCCCUCAGAGCUCCUUGUGGCCAAUGACUUUCGGCUUGGCUUGUUGCGCAGUCGAGAUGAUGCACAUGGCCGCUCCGCGCUACGACAUGGACCGCUUUGGGGUGGUUUUCCGUGCCAGUCCCCGGCAAGCUGAUGUCAUGAUUGUGGCUGGCACCUUGACCAACAAGAUGGCCCCUGCCCUCCGGAAGGUUUAUGAUCAGAUGCCUGAACCACGUUACGUAGUGUCCAUGGGGAGGUAAGAUCUUGCUCAGUAUUUUAUUAC